AUGACACUUCUAUUUCACAUAUGUAACGAAGAAUAUACCACUAACGGAAUACGCGUUAGAUGGGGAAAAACUUCACCAGCAAAUAACGUAAAAUCGGAUCCUCCUUGUUAUAAUAAUGAAACAUUAAUUACCAGAAACUGUGUAGGUAACCACUGGGAACCACCCCGUGACAAUGUAACCUCGUGUCUGCAAAUAGUUAAUUAUUAUAACCUCUCAGCGUGUCCUCCGGGCUUUGACAAAAUCUCUAAAACUAAUCAGGAAUAUUGCUACCGAAUUGAAAAAUCAUCAGCCUGGGAUUAUCCUUGCCUGAAGAGUGGUGGCGCCUCAGUAAUUACAGAUUUAAAUGACGAUGAUGUUACCUCUUUACUACAGUCAUUAAUUGUUAAAAAUGUGUCGCAAUUUUUUUGGUUACCCGCUAGGCGUACAAAAUUCUUGAGUUCACUUUGGUGGCACAUCCCAGGUCCUAAAUGGGGGCAUUCUGUUAAAAUCAAUAACAAUUUAACUGUCUCCACUCCUAAUCUAAAAAACUGUUUGCUGUUAGAUGUUCAGCAAAAACAGUUAAUAACGGAAACAUGUACGCAUGAAUAUCCAAGUUUAUGUUUCUAUAUAAAUGAUAUUCACUAUCCAGCAAAGUGCCCACCAAAGUAUCAUUCGGUUAGAUAUAUGCCCGAUGAAGGUGUGUGCCUUGGCAUAGAACUAUCUGAAAAAAAACUGUCUUUUAGUGAUUUUAUUGACAACAAAAUAUGCAAUGUAUCAAUGGGUAACAAAAAUGAUCAUCUGACAAGGUUUAUUUUCAAAAAAAUUGCUGAAAUUAGUAACUUACCUAGCAACACAUGGUGUUGGUUCGAUUCAUUUGAUUUAUACCAUAAAAGACAUGCAAGUUCUAUUAACAUAUCCAAUAUAUCUGAAAUAUAUAUUUCAAUCAAUAAUGACGGUACUCUUGGUGUACAACCAUUUAAUACUCUAUUACCUUGUAUGGCUUGUCUAACUGAAGUGGUAUAUAAAAAAACGGAAUUAUAUUUUGAAUAUGACGAACUGGAUAAAGAAAUGUAUCUAACAAUAUAUUAUCCAUCUGGUCUUUGGAAAUAUAGUGAAUAUGAUCGCGGUGUGCAAUGUUUUUCUGAUAUAAAAGGAUUCGCGAAAGUAGUCGGUAUUAAUGAGUUACCAUUAAUAGAAGUUAAAACAGAUUUGAAUAAUAAUACUGAUAUCGGUAUCAUUGAGAAAACUGUGUAUGGAAUAAAUAUUGUUAAAGAUAGAGCUGCACAGUACUGGUGUGAAGGACAUACAACAAACUUUUCUUUAAUUAAGACAGAAAGAGUGUUAGUCAAUCCCCGUGGCUAUGAAGUUCACGUUUUUUCUCUUAUUUUGAGUGUAUAUAUGUACUUGGAUUACAUUGAAAAGAAUAGUGAUACGAUCGCGUCAGCUAUAUGUAAAAAUAUAACGGACAUUUUUAGUGCUAAGAAAGUUAUUCUUAUGGAAUAUUUAAGUUACAGUUCAAAUUAUUUAAUGGUUUUAUUACAUAUGCAUAUUACUGUCGAUAAAGUUUAUCAAGAUAAUGCCAGAAAUAUUGAAAAAAUCUACAACACAACACUUAAUACAGCAAUAUCAGUACUCCCGAAAUACCACUAUAACUUUGUAAGCUUAGCAAGUUCUAUGUAUUGCUUACCAACAACUUCUAUAGACAAUUAUAAUAUACUCAAUUGGGAAUUAACAGCAAUUGGACAUAUAGCAGCGCCUACUCAGUUCUGUUUGCAAGAAAACGGGUUGCCUGUAAAUAGGCUUUGUAAUGGGUCAUACCUUUUAGGAAGCUUUUGGGGAAAUGUAGAAGGAAACUGUAAUUAUAAUUAUCAACCUUCUGAUACGACUACAUUUUUAUAUAAAUUUGCUAAAGGACAGGUACCUAAAACAGAUACUUCUCGUUUUUUGACCGAGGGACUCAAUUUCGUAUUACGAGAUGUUAAUAUCAUUAUACCAGCAGAUAUCUACUAUCUAUCAACAUCACUGCAACAAAUGUUAAGGAUUGUUCAAGGAAAUGAAACAUCAAUAGAUAUGGGUAACAUAGAAAAUAUAGCGUGGGUCGUAAAUAGAGUUAUGAUUUUAAAUAAUAAUUAUUUGCGGUUGGCUCAAACUCUUAACUCAACCAAUGUUAUAUUAGACUCACUUAAUAGCAUUAUAGAAAUUUUGGCUCAUAAAGAUAAAAAAAAUAUUAAUAGUGUUCUCACUGAUCGGAAUACUGAUUAUUAUCAAAUAGCUGUCCAACCUCAAUACAUGUUACAAAUUUCAUAUCCCUGCUACAAUAAUGUAAGUGGAAUUGCCAUAAUUAAACCAUCAACAGAAAAAGAAUUAUUUACAGACAUGAUUAUAAAACCAUUAUACAUUAAUACUUCCUUAAAUGAAGUACUUUUAAUUGAAAACUUGGAAGUUGCUACUUGGGUACCAGGCACAGUAUUAAGUAGUUUAAAACAGAAAAAAAAUCAGUAUAGCAAUGAAACAAGUGCAAAUGAAAAUAAUAUUCAUAUAAUAAUCAGCAUUUUUCAUAAUGAUGCAAUAUUUCAAGAAUUAGAAGACAGUGAAUACAGUGUGAAUAGUCGGAUAAUAGGAGUCUCAAUACCCGGUUAUUCAACUUAUUUUAAUGAAUCCAUGCCUUUAAUAUACAGAGACUUAAAUGCUAAUUCUUCUGAAAAAGUUUGUGGUUUUUGGAAUUUUCAACCAUACUCAGUUGGCAAUGUUCCUGGUUUCUGGUCAAAUCUGGGUUGUUACUUAAGAAAAUCUGAAAAAUCUUUAACUGUCUGUGAAUGCAUGCACUUAACACACUUUGGUCAGUUACUCAAUAUUGGGCGAAAUAAAAUAAAACAAGGUCCUUUCCAGGACAAACACACAAUACCAUUAAAUAUCAUUUCAUUAGUAGGCAGUUUUCUUUCUUUGCUAGGUGUGAGUGGUAUCUGGAUUACCGCUACAGUAUUUCACUCAUGGAGAAAGAAAGCAAGCACCAAAGUCUUACUACAUCUUUCAACUUCUAUAGCACUACCAUUAAUAUUCAUGGUUGUUUUUAAUUUAGAUAAUACUAUAUUUGAAGAAGUAAACGGUAUUGUAACAGUUUCUGAAAAACUAAGACCUGCUUGUAUUACUUUGGGAGCAUUGUUACAUUAUUCAGUUCUCGCUAGUUUUAUGUGGAUGCUAAUUACAGCUGUUUUGCAAUUCAUACGCUAUGUAAGAGUAUUAGGUGCAUAUCGACCAUCUAGAUGUAUGAUAAAAUUUGCAUUACUAGGAUGGGGCGCACCUAUGAUUCCUGUAAUAGUUGUCUUAGCAUUAGAUAGAGAAAAUUAUAUACCAAAAAAUGUGUUAACGAUUGAUGGUUCAAUAUCUUUGAUCUGCUACCCCAGUGGGCAUUAUUUAAUCGUGACUGUUAUUGUGCCGAUAUGUUUCAUUUUAUUUAUAAAUAUUACCUUGUUUGUUUCAGUAAUAUAUUCUAUUUCUAAAGGCCCUGAUGGAAAAUUGAGAACCGCAGACAUUGAUCUCAUCGGUGCUCAACUAAGAUUGUCGAUAUUUCUAUUCUUUUUACUAGGGUUAACAUGGAUCUUUGGAAUUCUUUCUUUUACGAGCAAUCCACUAUGGUCAUAUUUCUUUUGCUUGACUUCUACAAUGCAAGGUUUUAUACUAUUUGUUUAUUUUAUAAUACUUGACGCUCAAACAAGAAAUUUAUGGAUAACAUUAAUAAAACCACAGAAUCAAUCCGAGACGUCGAGAAAAAGCAUUACAAGCAUAAGUAGUAACUAAAUACACCAAAAUUCAGUUCUAUAACGAAGACGAAUAAAAAGGACAAGUAGGG